AAGGUCCCCGCAAGGAUUUAAUACUUUAAUAUUGCGCUCUGAUUUGCUUUCCUCUACCCGCAUGGCGGCGCGGGGCCGUGGGCUGCCCGGGUUGGCGGCGGGGCGGGCGGGCAUGUCCCCGGUCACCACCCUGGCGCUGGAUAUGGACAACCUGGUGGGGCUGGGCAGCUACUGCGACACCCCGAAGCGGAGGGUGGCGGAGCUGUCCUUCCAGAGCCAGCGGUCCAGUCUGUCCCCGGAGUCGGUGGCCUCGGUCUCCUCCCGGGACUCCGUCUCUUCCGAGUCCUCGGACAUGGGAGUGGGGCUGGACUCCCCCACGCAGGAGGACCCUGCAGCGCUGGAGGAAGUCUUCGAGAAAGCGAUCCCGGAGUCCGGGAGGGUUCUCAAGGACAAUAAGCUCCUUAUCCGGAGGAUCCACUCGCUGCCACCGCGGCUCCUGGGGGCCAGCCCGGUCCUGAAGAACAUCUCCCACUCCCGGGAGUUCAAUGACCGCAGGGCCAGUGAGCAGAGGGGCUGGAGGGAGCCCGAGGACAAGGAGGGGUUUGUCUUCAAGAAGCCGCAGAGGCCGGGUCAGCGCAGCCAGCUGCCCACUGGCGAUGGAGCUGUGGGAAGGGACCCCUUCGCCCAGAGACCCGGCUCUGCGCCUGACCUGCUGUUUGACACCCCCGAGAAGGAAAAUGUCCCCAAAGGCCAGAGCCCCAUCAUACUGUGCCGGUGCUCCUUGACCUCGUCCAUGUCUGAGGAGGAAGACGAUGGCUUCAUGGAGAUCCUGGAUGAGGAGGAGAUGAAGAGCGAUGCCGAUGUGCCGCAGGGGAUGGAGAACCUGCUGACCGCGCCGCUGGUGAGGAAGGAGGAGGCAGAGCUGCGUCCCGUGAAGCGCAGCAAGCGCCAGCAGCUUUUCCGCUCGCCCUCGAUGCCCACCAGUGUCAUCAGACCCAUCCUGAAGCGGAUAGACCGGCCCCAGGACAGGGACACCCCUGUCAAAACCAAGCGGCGGAGGAGUGUGGCUGGUACCCCCGGCGAGGAGGCGGCGGCGGCAGAGCCGAAACCGUGGCUGCUGCGCUCCAGGUCCUUCUGCCGUGAGGAGAUUGAGAACCUGCUGGCCAACGACCACCGGGAACUCAUCGGGGACUACUCCAAGGCUUACCUCCUGCAGACAGUGGAGGGGAAGCACCAGGACCUGAAGUACAUUUCCCCCGAAAUGAUGGCAGCAGUGCUGACGGGGCAGUUCAGCAGCCUCAUCGAGAGCUGCGUGAUCGUGGACUGCAGGUACCCCUACGAGUACGAGGGAGGCCACAUCAAGGGCGCCGUCAACCUGCCGAUGGAGCAGGACAUGGAGGAGUUCCUGCUGAAGAAGCCCAUCGUGCCCUUUGACGCCAGCAAGAGGGUGAUCGUCAUCUUCCACUGCGAGUUCUCCUCUGAGAGGGGGCCCAGGAUGUGCCGGUUCCUCAGGGAGAAGGACCGAGCCUGUAACGAGUACCCCCACCUCCACUACCCUGAGCUCUACGUCUUGAAGGGGGGGUACCGGGAGUUCUUCCCCCAGUACCAGACACACUGCGAGCCCCAGGACUAUCGCCCCAUGCACCACGAGGACUUCAAAGAGGACCUGCGCAAGUUCCGCCUGAAGAGCCGUACCUGGGCGGGCGAGCGCAGCAAGCGGGAGCUCUACAGCCGCCUCAAGAACUUCUGAUGGCUCCGGGGGACCCCCGCAGCCCCCCACCCACCCCGGGGCUGCCAUCAGGCAACAUCUCCC